CUGAUGGCGGUGGUGGGGGUGCGCGGUGCCCGCUGGCUGCGGGCGGUGACCCUGCUGCGGGCGGCGGGGGGCCGGGCAGCCCCGCUGGGGGCCCGAGCAGCUUCGGGCUUGCCCAAGCACCUGAUGCCUGGACCUUACCCCAAGACCCCAGAGGAAAGGGCAGCUGCUGCAAAGAAAUACAACAUGAGGGUGGAGGACUAUGAGCCAUAUCCGGAUGAUGGCAUGGGGUAUGGUGAUUAUCCCAAACUUCCUGACCGAUCUCAUCAUGAGAGAGACCCCUGGUAUCAGUGGGACUACCCCAGUCUGAGACAAAACUGGGGAGAGCCGAUGCACUGGCACUUUGACAUGUUUCUCCGGACCCGUGUUGACACGUCCCCCACUGUGGUACCGUGGCACACCAUGCGCAAUCACUUCUUACUCUUUAUUGGCUUCAUGCUGUUUAUGUUCUGGCUUGGAGAAAUGUACCCAUCCUACAUGCCUGUGGGACCGAAGCAGUAUCCUUACAAUAACCUGUACCUGGAGCGAGGGGGCGAUCCCAGCAAAGAGCCCCCAGAGGUGAAGAACUAUGAAAUCUGAAAGAUGCAUGGAAAUGUAGCUCUUCUUCUGGGAUAUUUACACUGGGGGUCCUCCAGAGUGUUCACUGCAGGAAGCACUAAUCACUUGUUCUCUUAGACAUUUACUCAUAAUAAAAUAUAUUGUGAAAAAUCU